GGUCAUCGUUCUCUUUCACUCCCACCAAGUCUAUCACAAGAAAUAAGAAAGUACAAGCCGUUACUUCAGCCAGUUUGGUCGGUUGUUUCGUCGUUCGACCAUGAUUUCUUAUCGUAUGACGCAUGUACAAUUGUAACAAUUCUCAACUUUAUCCAUAUUGACAAAGUUUGUGUGAAUUUUAAAAGAAAAGAACCUAAGAAGACAUUUCUCCAUGUUCGCCAAUUGCGAUGCAGUGGUUUUUAUUACUUUGUUACGCGACUAUCGCGAGUUCUCUUAAACUCGCUGCAUAUAUAUCUUCCGGUGGCCUUCACGGAGAAAUUCGUUUCGAAAGGGCCACAGAAUCCUCGGUACGAAUACGAUAUUCCCUGAAAGCGACCUUGCAAUAUCCGGAUCAGCAAUGGCUGUGGUCGGUCACUCAGUUUCCGGUCGAUUACACGAUCAUCAACGACAGAUGCGACAAACGAUAUAUUGGCGAGAGUAUCAUCGAUUUGACAGAAAAAGUCGGACCUCUCGAAUUGCCAACAAAUCAAACAGGUUCGAUAGAAGUUGCGGAUUUGUUUUUAACUGGAGAAAUGGGUUUAUGGGGAAAGGGUUUAGUGCUGAAAGAUAAUUAUUCGUCGAGAACAAUAUGUGCUUCGAUCACGGUUCUUGAAAAGAAUAUCGAAAAAUUUGCUCAGGCACGUUUUUACGGUCCAGUAGCUGGAAUAGUUUUGUUUCGAUGGUUGGGUGGUCAGUUGGGCGUUGAUGAGCCUACCGAUACAAUUAUCAAUGCAAAUUUGCAUCAUAUUCGUGGACAAAAAUUACAGUCACUUAAUUACACUGAACAUAAUUGGAAGAUAUAUGUUACGGAUAUUUUUGAAGCUGGCAAAGAUAAAGACAACUGUAACAUACUUCAAAAUGUAUUUGAUCCUCAUACAUCUGGUGUUGGAAAAUCUAUCGGAGACGUCGAUGUACGUUUAGGCAAAAUAAAAAUUGCUAUCAAUACACAGGAACAGUAUAAAGCAUUCUAUAGAGAUCCAGAAUUGUCUUUAUUACCAGCGGAUCUGCUUGGUCCACAUCGUCAUUUAUAUCUAGUCAUUUUUCAUCCCACGCAUGAGGAUUCGUUCUUAGCCUGUGCCAAAAUUAAUCAUCGUAAACCGAUACAUACAAAGGCUGUAAUCAAUUCACAUGGAAUUAAAGGAGAAGUUACAGCGAUUCAAGAAACGCCGUUCGAUCCAACAUGGAUCAAUAUCUCUUUAACAACUAUAAAUGAUUUAGAAACUAGAUUACGAUACGCUACUAAAUUGGCGUCUUAUAGAAUCCAUGAGUUGCCCCCGGAACCGGCGAAAAGUGUGGGAAUUACUAUUGACACAUGUUUAACUACUAAAAACUUAUUCAAUCCUUUGAAUAUCGUUGAAAAGACUACUCCUCCGGCAGGUUUCGGAACCCAAGAUCAAUAUGCUAUCGGUGAUCUUUCUGGAAAACUUCAAGGUCGUAAAGAAGGAUAUUAUCAUAAUGACAUUUUGCCCGGGAGCGCUAAACUUAGUGGAAUUUAUUGGGACACAUAUUUACCACUUUCCGGGAUCCACAGUAUCGUUCAUAGAUCUUUAGUUCUUUACAAAUAUAAUGAAACUGAUAAUAAAGGUGUAAUUCCAUGGGUGUGUGGCACGUUUGCGCUUUACACGCAUCAUACCAAUUGGCAAAUGUCGAUGUACACAGCGGAAGUAGUAUUCAGGUAUCCAAUUGUUGGACGGAUACUCUUUCGACAACCCAAAGAUGAUCCCGAAAUGGACACUACUAUAAUAAUAGAACAUCUUGUUUAUGCGGACGGCAAUGCAAAUAAUACUGCGGACCAUAGAUGGAUGAUACAUGACAAUCCACCCGGAAAAGAUUUUUACAAUUGGACAGCUCGAUGCUUGAGCGCUGGCUCGCCUUACAAUCCAUACAAGGUGGAAUGGAAAUCAGAUAGUUCUUGCUCCAUUGCAGAACCCUUAUUAUGUCGCUUAGGUGAUUUAACGAGACACGAAACACUUGAAAUUGCUGGAAGAAAAGCCAAUGCUUCAGAAUUGACUCGAAAACUUUUUACCGACACGAUGUUACCUUUAUCAGGAUCUCACGCAUUGUUUGGCAAGAGUUUAGUCAUCUAUGACGAUCAUGGUCCAGUCGCAAGAGGAGAGCGUUUGGCUUGUUCCAUUAUUGGUGGAGUUUAUCGGCGUAAAGCAGUCGUCAAAGAUUGGUUCGGUAAUGGUGAACAGAUAUCUCUGAAGGGAAAAUUAGAAUUAUUGCAGCAGACCGAAUAUGAUGCGACUAACGUAGAAGUAUCUCUUGAAGGUCUCAAUGGAAAGAUGAGCGGAUAUCACGUACACAUGACACCUGUAGAAAACGAUUUAGAAUUUCCAUGCGAGGGAACAUCGCUCUACGGACAUUGGAAUCCAUUGGGUGUCGAUACGAAUAAGGUACCAGCAACGGAGGAAGGUACGUUGGAUCAAUACGAGAUGGGUGAUUUGAGCGGGAAAUAUGGCAGCUUGGACAAUAAAAAGAGAUAUGCAAUAACAUAUAAUGAUACUAUGUUACCAUUGUUUGGCCCAAGAAGUAUACUAGGACGUAGCAUAGUGAUUCAUAAGAAAGAAAAGAAUUUAAGGUGGGCAUGCUCUACCAUAGAGAGAGGAUAUUCUCCGACUGAAGCCAGUGAAUUACGUGCUAUUGCAUCGUUUCAUCAUCCACAAGGCUUCGUAUACGGUUACAUAAAAAUGACACAGCUUGUGUAUAAAGACGGUAGUCAAAGUGAGACGGUGAUCGAAGUGAAUUUACGACAUCCCGGGAAACACGAUCGCAAUAUUACUAAAAAUCAUAAUUGGGCGAUAUACGUAAAUCCUGUAGGUGUAGAUGCUACAGUAAAGGUGAAAGAUACUCGAUGCGUGGCGGGUGGAUACAUGUGGAAUCCCUAUUUCACUCAAUUAGCCGAUCCACUGAAUGAUGAUCUUUAUAGACAGGAAUGCGGUCCAGAUUUGCCACUUAGAUGUUAUGUCGGUGAUAUAUCGGCUCGUCUAGGACCCAUUAAUAUUGGAGAAAAACGACAAGUAUUUACGGAUCAAAAUUUUCCCCUGGGUGGCUCGGUAUCCGCAAUAGGCAGAUCUAUUGUUAUUUAUGACAAGGAUUUUGCCAGUAAUAGAUUUGCUUGUGCAAAUAUCGUACCGGAUAAUAACAUUGUCAAAUACGCGAAUAUUAGGAAACCACCGCGAUUUGUAGCAGCACAAUUUCUAGAAGAUGUAAGAAAAGUGAUGGGCAUUCCUGAAUGGAUGUUAUCCAUCGACAGUAGAAAAACCAAGAUAUUACAUAACGGUGCAUGUAUUCAAUUUCUCUUGCAUUUUAAAGGUCCAAUUGUCAAUAAAUUGGAGCAAGACUUUAGCAGGCUUAUAUCCAUUGGUAAACUCGAAGCUCCUAGUUUAGACAUUCCUGGUUACAUACCGACAAAAAGAAAAAGCACAUUAGGACACCGGCAAUGUGGCGUACGCGAUCCAAAUGAAAAAAACAACAACAUCUAUCGUGGCGCGUCCGUCUCGUUAUUGCCAGAAAUAUUUGUGAUGAUAAUAUCUUUAAUAAUAACAAAUAUAAGAUACUGUAAUUUAAUAUAAAUCAUAAAAAGUAAGGUAUUAUAUAAUAUAAUUAUAGAUGUAAAAUAUCUAUGAAAAUUAUUUAUGUAGAUAUGUAAUAGAUAUAUAAUAGGGAGAGAGAACUGUUGCGCUGUUACCAGCACACAUUACAUCUAAUCAAGCAUGU